CAUAGCAAUUAUCAGGAUAACUAAUGUCCUUAGAAAUGUUACUUCAACUAUACAUUCAGUCCGAAAAUUGCAUUUCGUCAGGCGAGUCGUACUGUUCCCUGGUUCGUCACGACGACUCCUUGCAAGUCUCAGGCGAACUACACGCAAAGCUGGCGUAGUUUUUCCUCCGGAUACUGGCGUGUUUAUCACAACUCAGUGUCAACUGUCUUGUCUGUAGUGGUUACUCUCAAUCCGUUCAAUAGAUAAGUUCCUCCCAGUUACCUUUGUGGCUGGAAAAGACCAAUGCGAGACCUUUGUUCUUCGCCGCUAAGCUCAUAAAUACGUAAUGACCUGGUGCUUGUCUGGCCGCUCAAGUGGCGUCCAGUCACCUGUUCCUCACCAUAGCAACAAAAGUUUACCCGGCUUUGUGUCAGAGGCUGCACGAGAAUGGCGGAGUCGACUCCCCUUUCGGGAACAGGCGGCGUAUCUUUUACCUUACGUGAAUUGUGCACAGUGAUCAUUUGAUUGUCGGACACCGAUCCCGUAUCCAGCCAGCGGCGCGACGGACACCUGUUCUCGGCCGGGGCGGCAAGGAAACAGGACUCGUACGCGGCCGGGAGUUUUUCACUACGGACCGGCCUAGGCCAGCAUGCCAGCACACUCCGCUUAAGUCAACGUUGCCUUGCUCGCGGGCUAUGUUUGCCUGGUUUGUUGUCUGUCCUGAAUAGGCCACCAACGGCUGAUAUGUACUGUCUCCUGGACGAAUCUCAAACCUUCUAUUUUCCUGUGUUUUUAGACUGUUUUGUGUUCAUCUUUGAAGGUAUGAAGUAACCAUAUUGAACGAGUCCGUUGCGAACAAGUGUUGUUCCAGAGUGCCCAUUGUAACCAACACAGAACACUUCCUGGUUAAUGAAAGAUUUGGCGCGGCACGGUCCCCACAUCGAUACCAGGAUGCCGGUCGCCACGACGCGCUUAGAACAACUGCAGAUCAUCAAGCUGCUGCAAUGUGUGAGGCUGGAGGAUCGCCCACAGAUAGAGAAGAUGACCAUGCAAGGCAUCCCCUCCCUCAUCAACUACAGCGAGCCGAACCAAGGGGAGUCCGUGCUACACCUGGCAGCCGUCACCAACAACGAGGAACUGGUCAAGUUCCUGCUCGGGCUGGGAGCUCACCCGAACGUGCAGGACUUUGAGGGCAGGACGCCGGUCAUGAGAGCCGCCGAGUACGGGCAUGACACCACCAUGGAAGUCUUAGCCAAGGCUGGUGCCGAUAUGAAGAUCGUGGACAAAAAUGGAAGAGGUAUACUGUUCUACUGUAUCUGCCCCACCCAACGCCAUACCCACUGUCUGGAGAUCGCCCUGCAGCACGGAGCCCCAGUCAACAACAAAGCCCACGACGGCAAACCGGUCCUCACAGUGGCCUGCUCCACUGCCACAGAGAAUGAGGAGAUGUGCAUCAAGCUUCUGGAGAAAGGAGCAGAUCCCAACAUUAAACAUGAGUUGAUGGGCACCACUCCUCUGAUGGAGGCAGCUGGUGCAGGGAGCGCCGCCGUGGUCAGGUGCAUCCUGCAGAAGGGAGGAGACGUGAACGCUGUGGACAGGAAGGGUCACCACGCUGCACACAGGGCCGCCACAGGGGGGUUCUUUGACGUGCUGAAGGUCAUGGCCGCCUUUGGUGCAGACUUUAACCAGGUGGCUUCAGACGGCAAUACGCCCAUCCACUAUGCUGCUAGAGGAGGACAUGACAGUUGCUGCAAGUUCCUGGCACAAAGAGGCUGCCCGCCAAAGUUGAAGAACAGUGAUGGCAUGACACCAAGGGCCAUUGCUAAGGAAGCAGGCAGCAAGGCAUCAGGAAAAGAACUCAGGAAGGCAGAAAAUGCCUAUGCCAAGUACUCCAAACCUGGCAUGAAAAACCCUAAUGCCCCUUGGAUGGUAUUUCUGUAUGAUUGGUGUGUGGAAAGACAGGACGACCUUAUAGCAGAAUUUUCAAAACUAUACACUGGAGAUGAUGAAAAGGACUACAAAGUCAACAAGGAAGACUUCAUCCAGGUGUUGAAAAGGCUGAAAGCACCAAUUCCUGAUGACGACCAUAUGAAGAAACUUGUGACGGAGCAUGAUAAGACUAGGGAAGGGGUUAUUGACACAAAGGUGUUCCUAUCAGGGAAGCAGUUCCUCUCCAAAACCUACCUUAUGUCUAGUUAUGAACCCAAAUCUAAGAAGAAGAAAAAGGGAGGGAAGAAGGGUAGGAAGAAGGGAGGAAAGACAAAGAUCUAUGUUCCAAUCUGUACUCUGCCUGAAGGCCCCCGGAUGCCUGGUGGUGCUCCUCCUGCUCACCUGAUCCCACGGGCCACUCACUGGACAGACACGGGGAGGUUUGACCGGGACCACCCCCCGCAGCACCCCCUACAGGACGACUCCUGGUGGUACCUGCAGCAUCCACAGAAAACCUACAUCAACAUCAGUGAAGCUGCAAAACUGGGAGACAUAGAGUCACUGAAACAAGCCUUCCAGAACAACUAUCCUGUGGACACCAGAGACAAGUAUUUCAAGACCCCUUUGAUGUGUGCAGCAGCCCAUGGUCACAUUGAAAUUACCAAGUAUCUCCUGGAGAUGGGUGCCAGCGUUAAUGCAGUAGACAACUUCCGCUGGACACCCCUGCACCACGCCUGCCACGGGGGCCAGGUGGACGUGGUGACGACCCUGGUGAGCGCUGGGGCCGACAUCGACGCACAGACCAUGAACGGGGCCACACCUCUGAUGAGGGCCAUCGAGUGCUCCAACGAACCCAUUGUGAGUUUCCUGAUUGAGCAGGGAGUCAACAUGAGGAAGGAAAACAAGAAAGAACACAAUGCGUUGGAUACUGCCAAGGAAUGGGCCGAUCCCCGGGUGCUGUCGAUCGUGCAGGCUAAGUUUGACUCUCUGCCUGCCCCGAAGAAGAAGAAGGGCGGUCGGGCAGCAAAGAAGAGCCCCGCCACACGGCCACAGACGGUUCCUCCCAUUCCCUACGGGAAAGGUGACGGGCCUGAUGGAGGGAAGAAGUCCCCAGAACUAGGUAAGGUGAAGGACAUGGUGCCGGAGUUCAUGCCUCCGCUGCAGACGCCUCCUCCCCGGUCAGCUGACAGGAGAAGCUCCGUCAUCCGCGUGCAGUCCAGCAUGGCGGGGCGUAUCGAGGAGCGGGAGGACAUCCAGUACGAACCCAAGAAGGUGUGGACCAACCAGCCCACUAAAGACGAGCUGCUACUGAAGAAGGACACGGAGAGGACCAGGUGGGGGUAUGAACUGGACUUCCCCAACUACAAACCUCCCUUCCAGAAGAACAUCGCCUCAAGGGUGGAGUUAUUUGGUGGGCCAGAAGACUGAGAACUACUACAGUACUAUCAUUGAUUAAGUCACAUUCGCCAUAGAUCGUUGUUUUGAUGCUGUAGAAUUUUCAAGCAGGCUGUGACAAAACCAACCAUCGACAUGAAUCGAAGACAGCCUUUUCUGUGACUAUACAGAUGAAUCUUAUAGUAUAAGUGCAUACUGCCCCAGGAAUAUCCAUUCAUGCAACAAUCUCUUGACGCAUGUGACUGGGCCCUGUGGGGUAUCUCAAAUUAAAAAAUUUAAGACUACAUGAAAUAUUAUAUAUCUUCGAUGUGGAAAUUAUCAACUUGAAGAAUAAAGUACAGUAUUUUGUAAGAUAAAUGAGAUUACUCCAAGAUUAAAUAAUUGGAUCAUAACAUCAAUGGUCUUCCAACUGCUGUUUAUGUUGAGAUUAUAGGCAACUUGAGGUCUACAGGAGUGUGGCAAUUGGCUAUUGAAUUUAAGAUUAUUAAGCAUUUGUUAGCACAAGCAGGUUACAACCUCCUUGGUACUAGUACAACUGGCUCAGGAUGUGUGCAAGUAUUCAUGUCAGAGAUUGUUUGACAAUGUAUUUUAAAAUUAAAAUCUGUUUAGAGGUAAAUCAAGAGUGUAUAUCAAAUGUUAAAGAAUUUAAAUCUGAAUAGCUAUGACAGCAUAUUGUGCAAUACACAAUGUAGGCACAAGCCUAGGGAGUGAUUUCUGAAUGGCUGAAUUUUUCUUUGAAAAGUGAUGUAACUACAGUAUAUUUUCAUCUUGUCAAAAUUCCCACAACUUAAUUUCCUUCAAAGAGAGAAGUGGAAACAGUGUCAAAUGUUUACCUAAUACUGCCAACAUGUGUGCUCAUCUUCUUCCAGCUCAGUUGAGUCUUUCCAAGGAUCAAUAACCUGAAACAGAAAAUCUGGAUUUUCUUGAGAUUUAGUGUAAAAUUCAGGCCCGACCCAGUGGAACUUUACAACAGCUUAAGAGUUUGCUCAAUACUUUUUGAACCAUACACAUUUCUCAAGUACUUGUAUGUUGUUUGGGCUGUAGUAGAAUUUUCCUUCUCUUCUAAUGAUGAAUACAGGUACAAUACUCUGAUAUUAUGUUGAACAAUGACAGGACUUAGCUUGUAUGCUAACAGUUUUGUGUUUUUGAGAUACCAUUAGCCAAUCAAGGAAAAUAUAACUUUUGUAGAACACCCACAUAGUGCAGGAACAGUGAUGAAAAAGAGCAAUGAAAAUGACAAGUCUGUUACUGUUCUAAUGAUUUAUGUGUUAAGGCUUAUAUCUUACAUGUUGCUUAACUUUUAUUACAUUUACUAAGGAUGUUAAAACUCCUUGCAUUUACCAAACACGGUUCUUUCUUCUCAUUUACAUUCUAUGUACAGCUUGUUUGAGAUUAUAAUUAUGGAUGAUUGAUCUUCAAGUUUGAAUAAACAUUCUUGCUGGACAUGAUUAAGAAUUCUCAU